CAGACACAACGACAGACAGACAGGACUGAAGAAGAAGAAGAAGAAGAGGAGGGAAACUACAGAGGAAACAAAGGCCAUCACAACAGCAGCUGGAUGUCUGUGCUCACAGUGUUGGUGGUCCUGGUCGGUCUGUAUGCUGUGUGUCGUUGUAUGAUUCCCUGGUUGGUUCAGUCUAACUCCACUCUGGCUCUGCUGUGGUACGACUUCGUGCUGGAGAUGACCCUUGACCUCCUGACACGAACAACACGACCUCAGCGCCUCCUGCGGGCUGUCAUUAUAAAUGCAGUCAGAGGAGAUCCAGACAGCGUCAUCAGAGCCAUCGAUCACUUCUGUAAACACACAGAGUGGGCGAUGAACAUAGGAGACGAGAAAGGCGCCAUCUUGGACUCAGUUGUCAUGGAAACAUCUCCAUCCACAGUACUGGAGUUGGGAACGUACUGUGGCUACUCUGCUGUUCGCAUCACCAGGCUGUUGCCUCCGUCAACAAGGCUGAUUACUGUGGAGAUGAACCCCGAGUACGCUUGCGUGGCGCGACAGGUCAUCCAACACGCAGGCCUGCAGGACAAGGUGUGCGUCCUGGAAGGCCAAUCAGCUGACCUCAUUCCUAAGAUGGCCGAAAUGUUUGGGAUCCAGACAUUUGACUUUGUUUUCCUUGACCACUGGAAGGACCGCUAUCUACCAGACAUCAGAUUGCUGGAGGACUGCAGUCUCCUGGCCCAGGGGUCGGUGGUCCUGGCUGAUAAUGUGGUCUGCCCUGGAACUCCAGACUACCUGAACUACAUCAGAUCCAACCUGAAUUACAAGAGCAGGUUCUACCAGGCUCACCUUGAGUACACCAGAGUCCUGGAUGGACUGGAGAGGUCCGAGUACCUGGGGUGCAGACAGGGAAAGAGACAAGUAGACAGAGACACAGACAGGUAGACAGGGAGACAGACAUACAAAAAAUUAACGAUAUAUGUCCUGAGUUUAUCCUCAGAAACUGCCAAUGUAGGAGAAAAGUCAAGCUGCAGUUUAACAUGUUGACUGUUGUCAGACAGGAAGAGAAACAAGUGCUGUAGUUAAUGUUUCUGAGUGAGUCCAUCUGUGACAGUAUCACAGCUGACUAUGUUUUUCUAUUAGACUCAUUCCUUCCAUAUGUUAUGGACAGCUCCUAUGUCCUGUGUUCACGAAUACAAUUAUUAUUUAUCAUAUUGUAUUUGUCAUGAUGAUUGAUAGUAUCAUAUUAUUGUAUAUUUAUUGCUAAUCAUCUGUCAAUGUUAAUAAUUUCCUGUACUGCUCUGUCAUGCCAAUGAAGUAUAUUUAAAUUUGAAUUUGACACACCUCUUCACUGGUGCAUGGAGGUUGGGGACAGUGCCUGUGGACUGGCAGACUGGGAUGAUGGUUCCCAUUUUCAAAUAGAGGACUGGAGGGUGUGCUUGAAUUAUCGGGGGAUCACACUGCUCAUUGUGCUGCUCAGAGAAAGCCUACGCCAGGGAGCUGGAGAGGAGGCUCCCACUGACUGUCGAACCUCAGAUUCAGGAGGAGCAAUGCAUAUUUCCUCCUGGCCAUGUAACAGUGGACCAACUCU